AUAGUCCAUCCGUCCGUCAAAUAAUUAGGCGGGUUAUAUUUGUGGACAGCCGGGUCUGACCCGGUUAAACGAUUCAUGUCGCAGUAAAACCCAGAGAGAGCGACUUGUCUUCUUCUUCGGCUAGAGGAAAAUUACUCCGACUCGAGCAAUCCGUUUCCUAUUUUUGCUUAAUUGGAGUUGUGAGGUUUGUUAUAGGAAAAAAAAUUAAAGUAAAUGAAGAAGCUUAUAGAGUUCGGACGAAAGGCGAUGUUCUAUAUUAGGGUUCUGUCGGGAUAUGAAGAGCGUAAAAUCCGAUCGUAUCGGUUACAGCUUCAACAGCGUCUUCAACAGGCAGAAGAGAGAAAGGCAGCUGUAAGGAAGAUUCCUGAGCAGAUGAUUUUAUCAGAAGUUAGACGCAUGGUAGAAGAGAUGCAAGCUUUAAAUAAGAAGUUAGAAGAUACUGAGACGGCCAUAACUGAUUAUUUCAAGCCUUUAGACCAGCAGGCAGAGGAAGUAAUGAAAAUGCAACUUAAGGGAGAUGAGAAGAGAAAAGAUGAGAUGAUGGAGGCCAUGCAGAAGCAAGCACUUCUUGAGAUGGCUCAAGCAGAGAAACAGAAAAGCAUGCGAAUGCUAAACCCAAACAAACAUGUCCAAGAGAAAACAUCUACAGAGACACUCAAUCAGAAGUAAGAUAUAAUUUUGUAGAGUAGUAGUAAGUUGUUCAUGAAAUUGGUACUGUGUGAGUCAUAUAGUUUUUCUUCUCCGAAGGGCAUUAUUUGGGAAUGCAAGUAAGACGAUUCAGGUCCUGCCCUAAGCAUAGGAUGAUUUGUAACAAUGAGUGACAAGCCCCUCUAUAGGACGGAGAUAGGAUUUAGAGUUUAUGAGUUCUGAUUUCUAGAAAAUACAACUUAUUCUUGAUAAACUAUUUAUACAUAUUUGAGUGGAUUUUUAACCACGAAUACAAGGUUUAGGUCAAAGCUACUAGGUUCCAAACACGUAGAUAGACUUGUAGCUCCGCCCUUUCAGGCCUCCUCCUUCAAAUCAAUAACACUUUCCAGUUUUGAUUGUGGAA